AUGCCGAGUAGCGGAUUCCGGAGAGCGAAGCUCGGCUCAGAUUCGACGAGACUCAGUCACGACGUCGACAAUAGGAUCAUUUGUAAUUGCGACGGGGAGCUGAGGCUCGGUUACGGCGUCGCUGUGAGUCUCGCUAUUUUCGAAGCCAAAAGAUUUUGCCUCCUCGCCCUCGAACUUUUCCUCGAGUGGCAAGUUAUCCGCUUUGCGGGCGGAUACAGACCGGUUGUUCUCACUUUCGUCGACAUUUCACUCGGAUUUCCAUGCGCCCUCGCUGCCGUUUUUACCAUUCGCAUUCUCCACGAACACUUUUGGGACCGGAGAGCCCGAAAAAUUUGUAACUAUCUCCGUACAGCGAUAUCGAUUUGUGCGAUAUUGAAUAUUUUGACAAUGGUUUCGAUCGGCAUGAAUAUGAGCGUUAGGCGAAAAACGAUAUCGAAUAUCUUCAACGCCUCCAUGUAUUUCUACGAGAUGACGGAAUCGUACAAAUACACGAUCGAUCAGAUUCAGUUAGCAUUACAAUGCUGUGGUCACACUUCGUACACGGAUUGGUUUCUCUUCGAUUGGCAGGUGACCAAAAGGAUGACAAUAAUGUAAACAAGAGAGUUAGAAAAAUGGAGGGAAAAAUACCUCGCGCGCUGCGAGCGCGUUUCGGUUGAGAGGUUAGGUUAGUGAAUUGAGAACGGAGAAUAGUUUCUGAUUUUGUUCACGCAGCUGAUGAUGGCACCAACAUCGCGAGGGGGAGCGUCGAGCCGCGGAAAAAUGUCCGACGAGAUCGAUCUUGAGCCGAGCGUACCUUUCAGUUGUUGCAAUCUUCGAGUACUGUUGCCUUGCGCGCACACACAAAUGAACGAGGACGACACGGAAACCAUUAACGUCGAUGGAUGUUCGGGAAUUUUAAGCAACUUUCUCAUGAGAAUCGUUUUCGUCGCGUAUGCAAUGACGACGAUGCUUGUCCUGACGCAAGUCCUGCUCGCUUUCUUUCUAGCAAGAAUUGCCAACAAAUCGAUUUCCGAUGAGCUCUUUAGAAAAUCGUCACAGCAGGCUACGUCAUUUUCCUACGAAUCUCUCGAUAGGCUCGUAAAGUAAGAAAUUGAACGAAUUAUUAAGCCCAAUUUAGAUAAUCGCUGAAAAUACAUGUCCGAAAUUGUUAAAAUUCGAUGGCCAAUGCGGAGACAUCGGAACCUAACCUAGAAAAAAAAACAAUCGAGAAAUCAAGCUCAUUGUUUGUUGGACUUUGUAUAUAGUUGCGGUCGCAAGAAAAACGAGUCUUUUAAAGCACCGUGCAAAACCUGGACGAGCAGUGGCAAGGAAGAACAAACUCGAAUAACCGACGAGAGCGUAGGGCAUGACGAAGCGAUUUCCGCGUUUUCACACUGUAGCCAGGAUCUCGUCAGCACCUCCUCCGAAACGCUCCGGGAGCGCGAAGUAGUGGCGAGAUAUGGAACAGCAAAAAUAAAGCCGAGUGUUCACAAGGAACACAGAAUCCCAACGAAAAAGCCAGCAAUGAGGAGAAUACGUUGAAACGACCGAACGAUUCUUGUCGGUCGCCCACGAUUUACUUUCAGUUUGGAAACGAUUUGAAGAACACUCAGAAUCCUCAUUUCGUGGUCGUUACGGUCGUUACAAAGUGAAAUACGCGCCUGCGCGCAGGCCGAGUGACGAACGUGUCAUAAAGAUUUCCGGUAAUGGUGGCUCAAGGAGUUUGGAAAUCGGAAUGAAAAGCAGAAUGAGAAUCAUCAUAUUUUUCAAGUGUACAACCUCCGUAUCAUCUCUGUUUUUUUCGUAUCGUUACUUUGCUAUUGCUAGGAUCGGUAUUUAAAAUAUGGAUUUCGAAAUUGUGCAGAAUAACCGAAAAACAUAAAAUUCGUUCAGAAUUUGACGGUUAUGUGCAUUUUACUUUUCGUAAUUAUGCUUAAACUUGUGGAUAACAGUGAAUAAAUGUGUAUAUAUGAACCGGUA